AUGUCUUCUACCCCAGAACUGCCCGCCCUUCUCUUCAACACGCUGCCCUCCUUCUCCUCGGCCACCCCAAGAGUCCUGGCUGUGGAACCCAAUGCCACCUUGUGCCAGGAGUGGGAGCAGGCCCACCAUCUCCUCUUCCAUCUGGGGAACCUGUCCCUGUUACUCGGUCUGGUAAUCCCCACCACCCUGGGCCUGCACAUGAUCCUGCUGCGCCUCCUUCUGAUGACAGGAUGUGGUCUCUUCAUUGUGUGGGCGACUCUGUACAGGUGCAACCUGGAUGUGAUGGUUUGGAAUGUGGUAUUUCUGGUGGUCAACUUCAUGCACUUGUUCUUCCUCCUGUACAAGCGUAGGCCGAUUAAGAUCGACAGGGAGCUGCGGUCGGUCUACAAGCGGAUGUUCGAGCCCCUCCAUGUACAGGAGGCUUUGUUUCGGAGGCUCACAGGACAGUUCUGCACAAUCCAGACACUGAAGAAAGGCCAGGCCUACGCUGCAGAGGACAAGACCUCUGUGGACGAACGCCUAAGCAUUCUCCUCAAAGGAAAGAUAAAGGUAUCCUACCGAGGCCAUUUCCUCCACAACAUCUAUACCAAUUCAUUCAUUGACUCUCCAGAAUUCAGGUCCACUGAGAUGCACAGAGGAGAGAAGUUCCAGGUGACCAUCAUAGCAGAGGAGAACUGUAAGUUCCUGUGUUGGUCUCGAGAGAGGCUCACCUACUUCCUGGAGUCAGAUACUUUCCUCAAUGAGGUGUUCAGGUACCUCAUUGGCAAAGACAUCACCAACAAACUGUACUCUCUGAAUGACCCCACACUCAGUGACAAGGCGGUGAAGAAGAUGGACCGUCAGCCCAGCCUGUGCUCUCAACUGUCUAUGAUGCAGAUGAGGAACAGCAUGGCGAGCACCAGCGACACUGAUGAUGUCCUUAACCAGAUCCUACGAGGAGGAUCUGCUGGAUCAUCGCUCCAAAAAUCACCUGGCACCAAGACCUCCUCAAAGAUGAAGCCCAUAGAAGAAGGCAUGGAGGAUGACGUUUUCGAAGAAUCUGCUCCCUCCAAGUCUCAUCGUAUUCCCAGCACUUCCACUAAGGAAGUGUAGCCAGCAGGAGAAGCAACACAAGAUCAAAUGCAUAUCAUGUAGGUCUGUUUAGCAACCUAACAAUUAGAACCUGAUCAAUACACAGGCAUGGCCAAUAUUAUCAGCCAUGUAAUUUUCACAGAUAUAUGGAUAUCUGUGUUUGCUGAGUAAGAACAAAUGUCAGUAGAGAAAUGUCAAAGAUAUGUUUGUGGUCAUUUAGAAACAGUGUCUCCAUUAUAUUAUUUUCAGAUUGAAGAAUUUGCAUUAAUUGAUUUAUUUGGCCACUUGCAGCAGAAUUGGCUAUAACACACAUAAGUGACAUAUUAUCACCUUACAAAGUUGUUAUGGUGAACAAACAAUUGCUCAUCCAGCAGACACAAAGCAACAUUAUCAUCAUCAUCUGUGUUCACCAGAUGAUUGUUUGGUCUCCACCAACUCCUGAGAAAAAUAUCUGGCUCUUUAGCUGCUAACUGCUCCAUUAUGUUUCCAGCUAGUCUCUAUCUGUGUCUGUCUGCUGUUUGGUGUUGAGCAGGCAGUGGGCUUUUAGAGGUUUUCAUUGAAACCAGCAGCCUGCUAGAAACAAGGCUGAUGAGAAUGGUGAGAGUGAACCAAAACAGUAAAGGUGUGGGACGGAAAACCAAAUCAAGACACUAGAAAGCUCCAUAGAGCUGAGGGGAUCUGCAGGGUUGGAAUCAUUCCCUGUGGGUUCAUCAUCAUGACAUCGUUCACAUUACAUUUAGUUAUUUGAUUUAUUGUUAAUAUAAAAAUGUUGAUUAGUGCAGAUUCAAAUACUCAAAUAUAGGUAUCAAAAUCUGUCUCAAAAAUGUUGUAUUGUUCGGGCUCUAACAACUAUUCUGGACAGAUACUUUCAGAAUGAUAUAGAUACUUUAAUUAGUUUCAGGAAAACAUAACUGGUUAGUUUCUCUCUGUGAGACAAAAAUACAUUUUUAUUAUAUUUUUGAAUAUAUAUACACACAAGCAUUUCCUGUUUUAGCCACAAACUCAUAAGUGUCACACCUUUCACAACAAAAUCAUUCUUAAUGAGGAUUUUCUUUGGAGAAAUAAUUGUAUUUAACAAUGUAUUCUUUUAAAAUGUUUGAAACACUAACCAGUGGACUCUGUGUGUUUCAUAAACAUUUUGAGUGAAAUGUCUUGUCCUAAUACUGUUUGCUGUUUGAUGUAUGUUUAAGCUUUGGAUUCUGAUUAUUAUUCUUAUAUUCUUAUAUAUAAAUUAUUAUUCUGAUUUCACUGUUGUACUCCAUUAAAUAAAUGUGAUCAUUCAUCUCA